AAACACCUACUUAGUUAGAAAGUAUUCUAAAUUUACACAUUCACAUAAUUUAGUUUCCAAAUUAGUAAUUCCUAUAAUUAAUUGUUACUGUAAUAUUAAAUGUCUGGAUGACUAAACAGCUAUAUUUAGCAUUAGGAGAACGAGUUAUAACUUGUUAAAAACGAGGAUUUCAGUUAUUCUCGGUUGAAUGUCUCCACGUUGACACAAACUCAACGAUAUUAACGGUUUUCCAAUUGUUUCUCACUACAAGUCUCAUUGGUCCUUGGUUCUCUGGUUCUUUUGCACCUUGCCACUUUCAUUCCCCAAUCUUGCAAAAAAGGAGAAAAAUAAUAAUAAUACUGAAAAAGACACAAAAACCAGAAAUCAACCAAACAAGUAAAUUUCUUUUCCUCAGUUAACAAAUGAAAAAUCCUGAAAUUUACUCGGAAAAUUCCAUUACUGGGACGAAGAUUUUCCUGAAAUAGUAUGGACAUUUUUCGUGUUAUGAUCAAAACAUGCCUUUUUUGUAUCGUUUUCUUGAUCCAUUACCCCGCGACAAUAAUUUCGGUUACGCAUACUGAAGCCUUAUUGAAGCUGAAAGAAUCAUUUACAAAUGCGGAGGCCUUGGAUUCUUGGAAACCUGGGACAGAUCCAUGUGACAAAAAUAAUCGUUGGUCGGGUGUCGUUUGUCAGAAACAAAUUGUUAGUGGAGUUCUUCUUGGAGAAAUGAAUUUAUCUGGAAAUAUAGACGUUGAGGCAUUAUCACAAUUACCUGGUCUACGAACACUUAGUUUUGCAAGCAAUUCAUUUUCAGGACCAAUCCCUGAAUUCAAUCGAAUGGGUGCUUUAAAAGGCCUUUAUUUAUCUGCAAAUCAAUUUUCUGGUGAAAUUCCAUCGAAUUACUUCGAUAAAAUGCAGUCUUUGAAGAAGUUAUGGCUAUCUGGCAACAAAUUUACUGGUGAAAUUCCAUCAUCAAUAAUGCAACUUCAACAUCUCAUUGAAUUGCAUCUUGAGAACAAUCAGUUUUCAGGUCCAAUACCAUCUUUGAACCAGUCGACAUUACUCUCACUGGAUCUUUCCAACAAUAACUUGAAAGGAGAAAUCCCGGUUACAUUGUCAAAAUUCAACGCGAGUUCAUUCAAAGGAAAUUCCGAGCUUUGUGGUGAGAAAUUAAGCAAACCUUGUAAUCAGGCCCCCACAAAUAAUAACACAAAUGAAAUUCGUCGAAAUUCGGAUAGCAAUUCGAAAAGCAUAUCAAUGUGGAUCAUGAUAUCAUCAAUUGUUCUGUUAAUAAUCAUGAUCAUAGGAAUAUACUUCAUGUGCCGGUACCAACAAAGUCGCCGCGCUGCAAUUGAAAGUUUUGAGGAGCCAUCACUCGGGAGGCGAAUUUCAAGUGAUAGCAAAAAAUCAUUCGAGUUGAGUCGACGUGGCAGCUCUAUACGCAGAGGGUCGAUAACUGGAAAACGUGUUGGUGAUUUAACAAUGGUGAAUGAUGAUAAGGGUGAGUUUGGUUUAGCAGAUUUGAUGAAAGCUGCUGCAGAGGUAUUAGGGAAUGGGCCAUUGGGUUCAUCUUAUAAGGCCAUGAUGGCAAAUGGACUGACAGUUGUGGUAAAAAGGAUUAAAGAAAUGAACAAGAUAGGAAAAGAUGGUUUUGAUGCUGAGGUUAAGCGUUUAGGAAGAUUGAGACACAAAAAUGUUCUAACACUUUUGGCUUACCAUUAUCGCAAGGAAGAGAAGUUGUUUGUGUAUGAAUACAUUCCAAAAGGCAGCUUGCUGUACAUAUUGCACGGUGAUAGAGGGCUUGCCCAUGCUGAGCUCACCUGGCCAGUGCGUCUAAAGAUUGUACAUGGAGUCGCUCAAGGAUUAAAUUAUCUUCACACUGAACUUGCUUCUACUGAUUUGCCUCAUGGCGAUUUGAAAUCGAGUAAUAUACUCAUAAACACAGACCACGAGCCGAUACUCACAGGUUACGGAUUCUGCUCCUUAAUGAACAACGCUCACGCAGUUCAAGCACUAAUCGCGUUCAAGUCACCAGAGGCAGUACAGAAUCACCAAGUGACACCCAAAUGCGAUGUUUAUUGCCUUGGAAUUGUGAUUCUCGAGAUAGUGACGGGGAAAUUCCCGUCCCAAUAUCUUAAUAAUGGCAAAGGAGGGAUUGACAUAGUGCAAUGGGUGAAAUCCGCAAUUGCUGAGGGAAGAGAAGUUGAAUUAUAUGAUCCAGAUAUAAUAGUAAGCGCGAAAGAUUCAAUUAGUUCAAUGAAGGAACUGAUUCAUAUUGGUGCAGCUUGUGUAGAGAGUAAUCCGCAACAGAGGAUAACUAUUAGAGAAGUCAUUAGGAGGAUUGAGGAAUUAAUGCAACAACAAAGUAUUCAAGGCCAAACAGGCCAAACAACAACAACGCCUCAGUCUCAAACAGGACAAACGAUUGAGAUAGUGCCAUCUCUAAAAGAUGGAUGUGCUGAAAUACCAUUGUCACAAUCCCAACAAGGAACACCUAAUAAUUAGGAGUUAGGCCACUCCGGUAAUUCAAGACGUGGUUAAUGUUGCAGCUUCUCCUAUGGUCGUCAGACUAUUGAUAGUUUUUUUUCUUCUUCUUUUUAAGGUUCGUUAACUAGGGAUAGUACAUAUAUUACUAAGUUUUCGUUUCAUUUUGUGUAUUUUUCUCUUCUUUUUUCUUUUCCUAUUUUAGAUGUCCCAUUACCUCCCCUUGUAGAACAAGAAAUGAUAGGAGCAGCUGCGUCCUGUGGAGAGAUGAAAGAGCUUAAAGCUUGCUUUAGAAAUGUCAAUGCAAUACAAUUUCCUCUUUCUAUUUCAUGUCGAGUACUAACUCUUGUAUAACAAAAAUUUCUGAAGUACGAAAUGCGAUUACUUUCUCA